AUGGAACAAGAGGAAGACAAAUUGUCAAAUCUACCAAAAAAAAUUCUUCAUAACAUACUAUCAAGGCUACCGGAGGAUGAUGCAAAUAGGACAAGUGUUUUAUCAAAGGCUUGGUUAGAGACAUGGUAUACUUUUCCCAUUUUAUGUUUCUCCGAUUUUGAUUUCAUAACAGAGUCAACACAACCAAAGGAAGAUAUUGCAGAUACUAAAAUCACAUUAAUGUUUUUUCAACCAGUGGAAGAUUUAUCUAGGAAGAGUAAAGACUUCAUUGAAUAUGUAAAGAGAAGAUUAUUGAGGUUUUGGGACCACGGGUUGCCUAUCAAAGAAUUUGCGUUUAUGAUAUUAGACCUUCUCUGCAUGUCAGAAGAUCUUGAUUUUUGCUUGAAGUUGGUCGCUGAAAGUGGUGUUGAAGUUUUAGAUCUUUGUUUUCCUGAUCCUUCCUUCGUCAAGGAUGAGAAAGAUCGGAGUGAAUGUUAUGUCUUACCGAAGGGUGUAAUUGAAGUCAAAUCACUUACCAAGUUGGUACUAGCAGGGGAUAUUAGAGUCGAUCAAGCAUUCAUGAAUCAUUCAAUUAAGUUUUUCUCCUUGAGAGAAUUACAUUUGUUGCAUGUCGUUUUGGAAGAUGAACAAGCAAUAGAGCGUCUCAUUUCUUGUUGCCCUUUGAUUGAAAUUAUAACUCUGAUGCUUUCUGGUGGUAGCAUGAAGUCUUUGAGCAUGCAUGGUUUACAAAAGCUCAACACAGUUUAUGUUGAUGGAAUAAAAGAGGUUUAUAUCGAUGAAGCUUCGAGUCUUAAGAGUUUAUAUUAUUGCUAUGAUUGUUGGAACGCACCAUUUAAGAUUGAUUUUAUUCAGUGCAAAUAUUUAAAAGAGUUACUCUUGUGUUUGAAUAGUACUACUAUUAUCACAGACAAAUGGUUUCUUGAAAUAUUUCCAAAAUUUCCAUUUCUCGAGACGUUGGAGAUAUGGAAUUGUAUACUGUCUGAGACGAUCAAUAUUUCAAGUGUUCAACUUAAAUAUUUGCAUGUAUAUGAUUGCUCUAACUUGAAGGAAGCCAACAUUGAUGCUCCAAAUCUAUUGUCAUGUAAAUUUGAUGGUUUUAAUGGCUCAAAACCUAUUAUAUCUUUUUUAAACAUUUCUAGUCAACUAGAAGUCCAUCUUAGCGUCUCGAUUGAUGAUCGUGAUGAAGAUUUGGAUGUUUUUUACGUGAGGGAACUUCUCCAAAAUAUCAAACCUGAAAAUGUUUUAAUAUCACUAUCUCUAUUCAUCUAUCAUUUUUCGGAUGCACCAAAACAGGUGUUCUUGGAUAUUCCAUCCCCUCCACCAAGUAUCAAGCAUAUGGACCUAUUCAUUCUUUCAGAACUAAAUGAAAAUUGGUAUUCAUCAGAUGUAGAUUUCAUACGUUUGUGUUGCAUACCUGAAACUAUAUCUUGGAACUUGGAUAAUUGUGAUUCUAGCAAAGCAUUUGUUGAGUUUUUUUAUGAAACGCUAAGGAGAAGAAAAGAUGAUACUAAGUGUUGGUGGCGUGACUUGAAAGAAGCGAAAGUCACUAGAUCUACAACAGAUGAAGGGACCAUGUUAAAAUCGUUGCCAAAGUAUUCGACUCAACAAAAUAUUAUGUUUAGGAAAGAUAUUUAA